UCCUCCUCCUCCGACCCCACCUACACGAGCGAGUUUAGACUGGAGGAAACUUCGCAUCGCGCCUUGUUUUGUUACACUUUUGUUUUUGAUUCUGUGAAUCACUUUGACACGAUCUAUUAAAUGUUGAGUUAGUUUGAGUGUUGUAAUUCCGUUAACAUGAGUGAAACAGAAGACAAUAAUAUUAUUGAGCUGGAGCUGGACUCGGAUGUAGAGGAGGGGGACGUGGAAAUGACUCUAAUGUCGGAUAUGGUUUAUUCUGAAGGGUUGCCAACCUACAAAUCUGUUCGUAAAGGUCAAGCUGUGCCGAAAGUUGAACUGACGGAGUUUAAUGAUAAUCCGGAUUCAUUGUUUUUUAAUGAUGGAAAGAGGCGGAUUGACUUUAUUUUAGUUUAUGAAGAUGAGUCCAAAACUGCAACUGGAAAAAAGGCCUCAGUCUACAGAAGAAAACUACGGAGGAGAGAGUGUUUUGAAGCGAGUCUGAUGAAUAUGGGUGUGGAAAUGGAAGCAACAAAAUCUGUGGUGGAUGAGAAACAAUUCUUUGUGAAAUUGCACCUCCCCUUUGACAUCCUGUGUACAUACGCUGAGGUUCUGCACAUCAAACUGCCCAUUCAGCCCAAUGAUCUAACUCCCAAGUCGUCUUCAUACAACUGCUUCACAAAGCACUUCUACCCCGAUCGGGAGCUCAUCGCCAAAGAGACCGAAUACUUCACCGCACCCUUCAGAAAAGAUCAGCUGGAGUAUUUCUACAUAAAAGACAGAGAGCAGUUUUUCACACCGGCCAUGAGAAGCAGAAUGGUGUAUUACAUCCUUAGCCGAGCGCCGUAUGACGUGAAUGGAAAUGUUAAGAAGUUCGGCAUCUCUAAGCUGUUGGAUGGAGGCGUGUACAAAGCUGCUUAUCCAUUACAUGAUUGCAGAUUUAAUGUGAAGUCUAAAGAGCCAGAUUGCCCUAAUGAACGAUAUCUGCUUUAUAAUGAAUGGGCUCAUCCCAAGAACUUCUACAAGUUGCAACCUCUAAACUUAAUAAGAAAGUAUUACGGAGAGAAGAUCGGUAUUUAUUUUGCCUGGUUGGGUUUCUACACCGUCAUGUUAACUCUGGCCGCUGCGGUCGGACUCGGCUGUUUCAUUUAUGGAUAUACAACCAGAGAGAGCAGCACAUGGAGCAAAGAGGUGUGCGACCCUCUGAUUGGUGGAAAGAUUAUCAUGUGCCCACAGUGCGAUAUAGACUGUCCAUACUGGAGACUGAACAUCACGUGUGAGGCUUCAAAAAGACUGUGUAUAUUUGAUAACUUUGGGACGUUAGUCUUUGCGGUUUUCAUGUCAGUUUGGGUGACGCUGUUUCUGGAGUUCUGGAAACGAUACCAGGCCGAGCUGGAGCAUGAAUGGGACACAGUGGAGUUCCUGCAGCAGGAGGAACAGCCCCGACCCGAAUAUGAGGCAAAAUGUGUCUAUGAAAGACUGAACCCUGUAACGCAGACCAAAGAGAAAGUGCCAUACACAGCCUGUGGGAAAUGCAUGAGAGUGUCAUGUGGGAUUGGCACUGUUGCAUUCUGGAUUAUGCUGAUUAUAGCAUCUGUGGUCGGGGUGAUUGUGUACCGUUUGGCCAUGUUUAUGGUUUUCUCCACUAAACUGCGCUCGGGUCUGAAGGACCUGGAGCCGUUUAAAGAGUACGUGACCCCUCAGAUGGCGACGUCCCUCACGGCCUCCAUCAUCAGCUUCGUCAUUAUCAUGCUUCUCAAUCAGCUCUAUGAGAGAGUUGCCAUCUGGAUCACAGACUUCGAGCUGCCGCGGACCAGAACCGAAUACGAGAACAGCCUGACGCUGAAGAUGUUCCUCUUUCAGUUUGUGAACUUUUACUCGUCUUGUUUCUACAUCGCUUUCUUUAAGGGGAAGAUAGUAGGAUUUCCAGGGAAGCCCGUCUACUGGUUGGGAGCGUAUCGCAAUGAGGAAUGCGAUCCGGGCGGCUGUUUGACUGAACUCACAACACAGUUGGCCAUCAUCAUGACAGGAAAAGCCGUCGUGAAUAACAUCCAGGAAGUCCUGCUGCCGUGGGUAAAGAAUCUGAUAUCCCGUCAUUGCACUCAGGUGGCUUCAGAGAAAGUGAUGCCACGCUGGGAACAGGAUUAUCAACUUCAGCCAUUGGGGAAGCUCGGCCUGUUUUAUGAAUACCUGGAGAUGGUGAUCCAGUUUGGUUUCGUCACUCUGUUUGUGGCGUCUUUCCCACUGGCCCCUGUCCUGGCGCUCGUCAAUAAUCUGUUUGAAAUCCGCGUGGACGCCUGGAAAAUCACUACACAGUUCCGACGGAUCGUUCCAGAAAAAGCCCAAGACAUUGGAGCCUGGCAGCCGAUCCUGCAGGGAGUGGCAAUACUAGCGGUGGUCACAAAUGCUGCUAUUAUCGCUUUCACCUCUGACAUGAUUCCACGUCUGGUUUAUUACUGGGCAUUAUCCGUGAAUCCAUACUCGAACAGCUCAAGUCACACGAUGCAGGGCUUCAUCAACAGCUCACUGUCCGUCUUUGACACGAAUGACUUUAAUGGCAUAAGCAGACCUAAUGAUAACAUCACCAGAUUCAGCAAUAUCACCACAUGCAGGUAUCGGGAUUUCAGAAAUCCUCCCGAUCAUCCUCAUCAGUAUGAGUUCAGCUUGCAUUACUGGCACGUUCUUGCUGCCAAACUAGCGUUCAUGAUUGUGGUUGAGCACAUUGUUUAUUUCACAAAGUUCAUGCUGUCCUACAUGAUUCCUGAUGUACCAGAAGCUCUGAAGGAGGAGAUCAAGCGAGAACAUUACCUGACACAGAUGAUCUUACAUGAAGCCAACAUCAAACACUUCACAGAGCGCAUGAAACCCGUGACUGAGAACAUUCAGCACCAGGUUGAAGACACAGAGCUGGACAUAGACUUCUAAAAACACUUCAUAUCUGUGAACCUGUUUUAUACCUGUUUCCUUUACCCUCCCUUGCAAUUCAUACCACCUUUCCCCUUAAUCCCUACAGCGCUAUACAUUAUUCAGACUGACUGUGUCUUUCAACCUUAAAAAAUUAGUUAAUACAGAUCAAACAACCCAGAUCUUUAAAUUUGGCUUAAUGCAAAAUUGCACUAUGAAAUACAAAUUCCAGAUAUGCUAUAAAAUAAAUGUGAUUAUUAUUUUAUGGAACUUUAUUCUCUGGUAUAAAAACAUGUUUAUGCAGACAACCAAAAUUUAUAUUUUAUAUAAAUUUUAGGUAAAACCACUCAAAUGUUUUUUUUUUUAAGUUUUAAUCGCUGUUUUAGUUUUACAUUAACUGACAUUAACCUUAAAGUGUCACUAUAAUACCACAGUUAUUAUGUGGUAUCAUGUAUUGUGUGAUUAUAAGAAUAUAAAGUGUACAUUAUAUUAAUAUGGUACAGGCAUCGGAUGUAUUUGUCACCUUAAGCUGCCUUUAACAUUUUGUCAAACUAACAUUGCAUGCCAUCAGUGUUUUCAAUAUCUGUUACCUCUUUGUAAUAUAUGUUUUUUUACAUAUAUAUUUUGCACACGUAUUGACCACAUAAUGUUUGUGUUAUCACAAAUAAAUGAUUUUUGUUGUAUAA